CCUCACACUCACAGCUCGCCGGUUGUUUUGGUUCAGUGUGCCGCGAGCAGCUGGAGGGGAGAGUCAUGUCGUGCCGCGUGCUGUGGGCCACCAGGAGGGCACUAUGGCUCCCCCGGCCCCCCAGGAGACCCUACCACUCUGACACAGCCUCGGUCAUCGGGUCAGCGCCGGACAGGUCAUCCCCGGAGUUCCAGGAGAAUGAGGCACGCAUGAGGUCGCUGGUGGAGGAACUGAGGGGGCGCGUGGAGGGUGUGACGCAGGGAGGCGGAGAGAAGGCCAUAUUGAGACACAAGAGUAAAGGCAAGCUGCUGGUGCGAGAGAGGAUCAACGCCCUGCUUGACCCUGCCACACCCUUCCUGGAGCUGUCGCAGAUGGCAGGGUACCAGCUGUAUGGCAAAGAGGAGGUGCCAGCUGGGGGCAUUGUUACCGGCAUUGGCAGGGUGGCGGGAGUGGAAUGCAUGGUGGUGGGGAACGAUGCAACUGUCAAAGGGGGGUCCUAUUUCCCCAUCACGGUCAAGAAACACCUGAGGGCGCAGGAGGUGGCCAUGGAGAACCACCUACCCUGUGUUUACCUGGUGGACUCCGGGGGUGCAAAUCUUCCCCGGCAGGCUGACGUGUUUCCGGAUCGAGACCAUUUUGGCAGGAUCUUUUUCAACCAGGCACGCAUGUCGGCUGCUGGGAUAAGUCAGGUUGCCGUGGUGCUGGGGUCCUGUACAGCUGGGGGUGCUUACGUCCCUGCCAUGGCCGACGAGAGUGUGAUAGUGAGGCGGCAGGGGACCAUCUUCCUGGGGGGGCCUCCGCUGGUCAAGGCCGCCACAGGGGAAGAAAUAUCGGCGGAGGACCUGGGGGGGGCUGACUUGCAUUGUGGCAAGUCUGGGGUGACGGACCACUACGCACUCGAUGACACACACGCACUCCACCUCACUCGACGCAUUGUUCGCACUCUCAACCACGCCAAGAGUCCGCAGGUGAGUGUGGGUGGAGGUGAGGUGAGGGAGCCAGUGCAUGACCCCCAGGACCUGUACGGCAUUGUGGGGGACAACCUGAAGAGGACUUAUGAUGUGAGGGAGGUUAUUGCACGCACUCUCGACGGCUCGGAAUUUAACGAAUUUAAGGCGCGGUUCGGGGAGACGCUGGUGUGUGGGUUUGGGCGGCUGUAUGGCUAUCCUGUAGGGGUGAUAGGGAACAAUGGGGUGCUGUUCUCUGAGUCAGCGCAGAAGGGAACCCAUUUUAUUCAACUGUGCUGCCAAAGAGGGGUGCCACUGAUCUUCCUGCAGAACAUCACUGGCUUCAUGGUAGGGCGAGAGGCAGAGGCAGGGGGUAUAGCUAAGAACGGGGCCAAGAUGGUGAUGGCGGUGUCCUGUGCACGGGUCCCCAAGCUGACGGUCAUUAUUGGAGGCUCGUAUGGUGCGGGAAACUAUGGAAUGUGUGGGAGGGCCUAUGGGCCGCGAUUCCUGUACAUGUGGCCAAACAGCCGGAUCAGCGUGAUGGGGGGGGAGCAGGCGGCGGGGGUGCUGGCCCAGAUCACCCAGGAGCAGAGGCGACGGGAGGGGAAGGAGUGGACGGCAGAGGAGGAGCUGGCACUGAAGACUCCAAUUAUCAAGAGGUUCGAGGCAGAAGGCUCUCCUUAUUACUCUAGUGCCAGGCUCUGGGAUGACGGCAUUAUAGACCCAGCUCACACCCGCCAGGUCCUCGGGCUGUCCCUCUCGGCCGCCUUGAACGCCCCUGUACCCAAGACUGACUUUGGGGUGUUCAGGAUGUGAUGCAAAGGGUACACACCUGUCACACAC